AUGGCAAGACCGAAAUCAAAUUUAACUGAAGAAGAAAAGAGAGCAAGAAAGAGAGAGAUUGAUCGUGCAUCAAAAAGAAGAACAAAAUAUAAAAAUGAUGAAACAACUCAAGAAUAUCGAAGAGUAAAUCGUGAAAGAUGGAGAGAAAAACAACAAAAAGAAAAAGAUCAAAUGGAAUUAGAAAAGCAUAAUUUAUUUGAAAAUAAAUUGAAUGAAAAACAACAAGAAAUUCAAAAGGAAAUGGAAAAACAAUAUGAUGUUCAAAAGAUAUUGUUGAUAAAAGAAUAUCAAGAGAAAUUAGAGAAAGAAAAAAAAAAAAUAGUAUUUGAACAUUCACAAAAUCAUAUAAAGUUUAAUGGUGUUUAUUGUUCAAGCUUUAAAACUUCUUUAUUAUCAUCUGAACCAAAUUUAAAUAUGCAUUUCAUUCAUAACGAUAAAGAUAGAACAAUAGAACCAAUCUCUGAAAAGUUUUUUAAAAAUAAAGGUGGUGCAAUGUUCAGUGAAAAUGAUGCUGUAUGGUCAAAUUUUGGUAAACAUAAUAUUAUCUCAUUCUUUGUAUAUACAAAUUCUGGAGAUGAAAUAGUUGAAUGGCACGUUAGUUUAGUCGUUAUAAUAAAAAUUAGAAGAAGUUAUUAUUGUUUUAUUUAUGAUCCAGCAGGAUCAGAAGAAAACUAUUUUGAAAACGAAGAAGUUAAAGAGUUAUAUAGCUGGUUGCUUAAAAAUAAUAUUAAAAUCUUAUUUAGUAAAGAUCACACAAAACAAAAAACAAAAAACUCAUGUGCGUUGUAUGUACACUCAUUUAUCAAAAGUUUUAUAUCAUAUUUAAAAAUUAAUGAAAAUAUUAAAUCAAGUGACGUGUUAAAUCUAAUGAAUCAUGUGUCAAAAAAGAAUCCAAUUGGAGAAUUAGAUAUUGAAUAUUUAAAUACAUUUAAUGACCCAUCUAUCGCAACAUACAACCAUAGCGAACAAUAA